AUGCCGUUCCAGUACUCGGAUGCUAAGGGACGCCGUUAUACGGAUGCGCUUGGUCGGUCUCUCUUCUCUAUUUCUUUGUCGCUUAAACAUGAUGAUCCAGCCACUUGUUUGCGAAACGUGAGACCGGAUAUAAGCUAUGUUCGCACGUUUACAAUAGACUGCGACAACUCCGGAAAUACUUGCAGGGGAUUGCUGGGUGUUUCUGUAGAGGCUAAGUCGCUAUAUAUUUCAUACAGAGAUAGUGCCUCGCAUAAGCAGGUGCAAGGCGAACUUGCUGCUGAAUUGUUAAAUGGUUUCGGAGCUCAACUUGGCGCUUGGGAGAAAUUCGAAGAUCCUGAAGUUGGCAUGCUUAGAAAUUGGUACUUACAACAUGACAUUGAUAAUACAAUACUUACUGUUACCCAUAUUGUCGCCUGUUUGCUCCCUCUUCAGGUUACAGGAUAUUCUCUGGGUGGAUCGCUUGCUUCUAUGACAGCUCUCUAUCUCGCUAGGAAGCAGAUGGUAGACACUAAACUGGUUGGUAACGUUUGGUAUUCAUCUCUCACAAAGCUCAGACUCGUCACAUUCGGUGAGCCUCGAACUGGAAACGUUGGAUUCGCUGAGGCAAUGGAAAAAUAUGUAAAAUUCCGGUAUCGUGUGGUAAAAGGCGAUGAUUUUGUAAGUGCAAUCCACAUGUCCAGUAUCCCUCGCUCGGUUGACCCAACAACUACCCUCACGGGUACGCUCUACCGUAGGCAACCUAUGUUCUACAGAUAUCUCGUUCAUUACGACAACAAAAUGGAGAAAGGAGAUACUUUCCGAAUAUGCGGUUUAUCCGACGAUUUUGGAUGUCGAAAUACGCAUAGAUCCUUCAGUAUUUCGGACCAUCUAUCGUACUUCCACAUCGAUCGAGAUAAAUUUCUACGAGAGGGUUGUCCAAGGGAAGAACUGAUCUGA